UACAUUACUCUUCCUCGCUUCAGCCUCUGCCACGCAACACAACCACUACACUAACACAUUCUUCUUUCUUUCUCACCGAUUUUCAUUCAUGAUUUGUUCUUUCUUUACAAAAUUAAACUGCAAAUAAGUAAAUAGCUUGGGUUGGAAGAUGAACCCUCAGAGUCUUUUGGCUUCUGCGGCCAUAAACAUAGGGUUGGCCUUCCUCAUUCUCUCGCUCUUCUCCGUUCUCAAGAAGCAGCCUUCCAAUGCUUCCGUCUACUACGCUCGCCCUCUCUCUCACCGCCGUCAAAUUCCCGUUCACUUUCCUUCGUCGCCUCUGCGCCGUUUCCUUCCCUCCCUCGAUUGGGUUUUCCGCGCGUUCAGUGUGACCGAAGCUGAGAUCCUCGACGCUCAUGGCCUCGAUUCUCUUGUUAUCAUCAGACUCUUCAAAUUCGGCAUUAAGUUUUUCGCCGUGUGUUCUGUUGUUGGGUUGGUGGUUCUUCUCCCUGUCAAUUAUGGUGCCCAGGAGGUUCAAAAUGGGAGUUACUUUACAAUGGAUUCUUUCACAAUCUCUAAUGUUAAAAUAGGUUCAAAUAGGCUUUGGGUGCACUUUGUUUGCUUGUGUUUUAUAUCUUUUUACGGGAUGUUCCUACUAUACAAGGAAUACAAUGAAAUUUUGAUUAGAAGGAUUCAGCAAAUUCAAAAGUUAAAAGAUAGGCCUGAUCAAUUUACUGUGCUAGUUCGUGAAAUUCCAUUAUGCAUGGAACACAAGGCUCGUGACUGUUGCGUUGAUCAUUUCUUCAGGAGACAUUAUCCAAACACUUACCGUUCCUACCAAAUGGUGUACGAAACUGAAGAACUUGAGGAAUCGGUGAGCCAUGCAAAGUCCCUUUCAAGAAAAAUAGAGGACAUGAGAAAGAGUUGUAUAGCCAACAAAAGUAACAAUAGGUUAUCACUCUUGGGUUUAUUACAUCGAGAGACUUCAAAAGCUGAUUCUGAUUUGCUCGAGGAAAAGCUUCAAGCCCUCACUCACAAGAUCCAUCAGUUACAAUGCAGAGACAUGCUCCAGAAAAAGGAGUUGCCUGUUGCUUUUGUAAUAUUCAAGUCACGUUCGGGUGCUGCAGCAGCUGCUCAUUUGCAACAGCAUUCUCAUCCACUUCUUUGGAUCACUGAACUUGCUCCAGAACCAAGGGAUGUUUCAUGGAGGAAUAUGAGAGUAUCCUACAAACUAGUUCCACUAUAUAGACUAGGUGUUGUAAUUGCAGCAUCUCUUCUUACAGUUUUCUUUGCCAUUCCAGUUACUGCUGUUCAAGGAAUAGCCAAAUAUGAGAAACUUAAGAAAUGGUUUCCUCCGGCCACGGCUGUGCAGCUCAUACCCGGACUAAGCUCUAUAGUGACUGGUUUUCUUCCAAGUGUUGUACUCAAAGCAUUUAUAUAUAUUGUGCCUUUUACAAUGUUUGCUAUGGCUAAAAUAGCUGGAUGUAUUGCAAGAAGUAAGGAGGAGAUGAAAGCCUGCAACAUGGUUUUCUAUUUUCUGGUUGGAAAUGUGUUCUUCUGGAGUGUGUUAUCAGGAUCCCUUCUUGAUUUAAUUGGAGAAUUUAUUACUCAACCCAAAGCCCUUCCAACUCAUCUUGCCGGAGCUGUCUCUGCCCAAGCAGAUUUCUUUGUGACAUACAUCUUGACAGAUGGUCUCUCUGGAUUUUCUUUGGAGGUUCUCCAGCCUGGCAUGCUAAUUUGGGAUAUUUUGAAGUCUUGUGUUUAUGGCUCUCAAAGAGAGACAAGUCCUUACCUUUAUUCAUUUCCUUACUUUAGAAUAAUCCCUUUAGUCUCUCUCUCAGUUCUAAUCGGCAUAGUGUACGCAGUAGUGGCACCAUUGUUGCUACCGUUUCUUAUCGUCUACUUCUGUUUGGGCUAUGUCGUCUUUGUCAACCAGAUUCAAGACGUGUAUGAAACUACUUACCAAACAUGUGGGCAAUAUUGGCCGUACAUUCAUCACUACAUUCUCCUUGCAAUCAUUCUCAUGCAGAUAACCAUGAUUGGUUUAUUUGGACUGAAGUUAAAACCAGCUGCUUCUAUUUCAACCAUUCCAUUAAUCAUAUUCACAUUGAUGUUCAAUGAGUACUGCAAGAUGCGUUUUCUCCCUUCCUUCCACCAUUAUUCUCUCCUGGAUGCUGCUGAAAAUGAUGAACUUGAUGAGAAAUGUGGACUAUUGGAGUUACAUCGUGAGAAUGCAAUGAAUGCCUACUGUCCACCAGGUUUACGACCGGUGAAUUUCAUGGCAUCAGAAUCCAGCUCCACACCCUUGGUUUCUUCCUCAUAAUUCAUUUUGCAUUUAUGUUUUAUUUAUUUUCAGUAGAAAAAAAACCACAAUCAAGGAAUAAUAGGAAGUGAAGAAGAAAGGGCAUGGUCAAUUCAAGGAAUCUGAGGGAAGUUUUUAGGAAUCCAUGCAUUACAUCUUCCCUUUGCUUUUUAAA